ACUCCAAAGCGUGCCACUCUGCUCUCAUUACUACUCUCUUUUCUCUUUCUUUUUCUCUAGACAAGGAAUCAAUUACCCUGUUCACGUUUUCCUCUCUCAUUUCUAACAACCACAAAACCCUUCAAACCAAGUAAAUCAUCUUUCUACAUACCCUCUUCUUCUUCUUCAAUCAUAACUUAACUCUACUCUUGUCAUCAUUUUAGACUCCUUCCAUGGCAGCUUUUCAACCUUCUUCUAAUUCUCACCCCUAAACCCUCUACCCCACCACACUUUAUUUCCUGUUUCUCACUCUCCCACCUCAUCAUUCCCUUUCACUCGUGCUGCUCCAAUUUAUUCCCACACCAAACAUGUACAGGUUGGAGAAAGCGCGGAGAGAACAACAAACCUUCCUCCUAAACGACGCUAAAAACCCCUCCUUCUCUUCCACCCUCCUCGACAAGAUUUACCGUUCCAUCGACGAAGGAGAGAGAAAGAGCGGCGAAAUGAAGUUCUACACAGAAACAACGGGGAAGAAACAGAGCAGAGCCAUUGAAGCAGAAGAGUUAAUGGUGCUCGAGAAAUGGAUGGACAGAAAGGGAAUAGAAAAAAGUGAAAUUCAAAGGGGACAGUGGAAAAUACAAACGGACAGAAAAUCGCAUCGACGUCACGAUCAUGACCAAGAUGUUCUGUUUUUCAGUUCAACUUCAAGUUCCUCGGAUUCUAGUUCUGGGUUGUUGUCAUCAUCUGACACAGAAUCCAUGUACGGAGUGAGAUCGCGUGUUUCGUGUUUCGCCCCACCAAGGCCCAAGCCGGUGAAAACGAGCGUGACGUCAGAGAAGACACACAUUGCAAGUAACGAGGAAAGUUUAAUCAAAUCGAAAUCUCGUGCUUUGAAGAUUUACAACAACCUGAAGAAGGUGAAGCAACCAAUCUCUCCAGGUGGAAAACUCACCAAUUUUCUCAACUCUCUGUUCACAACAGGGAACUCAAAGAAAUCCAAGGGCACCCCAACAUCCACACCCUCUUUCGAAGACGUGAACGCAGAGCGAAAAGCCAAGUCAGGACAAGCCUCCACGUGCUCUUCCGCGUCGUCGUUCUCACGCUCUUGUUUGAGCAAGACUUCACCUUCUUCCAGAGACAAGAGUGUUAAAAGAACGGUGCGUUUUUACCCGGUGAGCGUGAUCGUGGGCGAAGAUAGUCGACCGUGUGGCCACAAGUGUUUGUAUGAACGAGAGGACACGAGUUUAAUGGCUGUGUCCGUACCAACCGCGUGGAAAAUUGGAAAGUCGUGUAUUAAGAAGAACGAUGAAGAGGUUCUGGAUAAGAGCAAGCGAGUGGAGGAAACUGCUAGAGAGUUCUUGAAAGAGUACCAUCGGAACCAGAGGAAGAGCGAUUUAAUUUUGAGGGAUUUUCCUAACGAGGACGAAGACGACGAUGAUGCUGCAAGCUAUUCAAGUUCGGAUCUUUUCGAGCUUGAUCACCUUGCGGUGAUGGGAAAUAAUAGGUAUUGUGAGGAACUUCCAGUGUAUGAAACUACUCACGUUAGUACUAAUCGCGCCAUUGCUAAUGGCUUCAUAAUGUAGUUCUGUUCAUUACAAGUGUAUCAUAAUAAACUUACAGAAUAUGAUCAUUUUGUUUUUCAUAACUGUUGUCAAUUUAAAUUACCAGAUAACAAUGUAAAUUUUAAUGAUAGAAUAACGUAAUCACACGGUAUUUAAAUUAUGUCCCAUUUUUUAGAGUUUUUUAAUCAUUUUAUAAAUCAUGAUUUGUAAGAAAAUGGUUUGGUCCAGAUACCCUGAUUUGUUUGAGAUGAUUGUGGGUUAGUGCGAAUUAGAACAUGUACAAAAUUAGUCGCUUUCUACAGAGUUUUGUAUGCCUAGCGAACCUUAAUAUUGUUUGAAGUAUUAAAUACAAAUACCAAAAGUAAACAUUGUACGCUUAGGAGGGUCACUUUUUCUGGUGAUGGUGGUGCUUGAUUUUGUGGCGGUGUGAACUGAAUCUGGCUGCCCUCUGGCUGAAGCAGACAAACGCAUAACGUGUUAGAUACAGUAACUUUGAUUUCUUUGUACGGGUACGUAUCUAGGAAUGUGUGCGUGUACAGAAUGUUUUUGGAGUGACGGAGAAUAUGAUAAAAAGCACAGUAGCUAGCUGAUUUAUAAAAGUGAGUAGGGUACUCCGUUUUGUAAAAGGAGAGAGGUGGGGAUUUGUUGAUUCUUGAUCACGAUCAAACAUUCACACAGAUACUGACAGAGUAGUG